UUCAUUUAAGACAUUCGGACUUCUAAACCACCUGGUCUCAAAUGUAUCUGCCAAAGUCAGCAGGCUAACAAUCUGCUGAGUGUGUGAAGAAGAAAUGUCUUAUGAAGACAGGGUUGUGCAUUUACUCACAUAUCUAAGAACCGAUUUUAGGAGUCCAAGGUCUGUUACCUACACAACCUCAGGACCUGAACAUGGACCUGAGAACAAAAGCAAUGCCAUCGUCGAACUUAAGAGGAUAUUCAAACUCAUCUGGCAUAUUGUUUUAGUCGGAAUUCUGAGCGGGAUCCUCCUCGCGGUGGUAUUGAUCAUCAUUGUCGAGUGGAACACCAACCAAGUCGUGAUAACAAGUCUAGAGCAAGUCAAAGAGGAGAUGGCAAUCAACACCGAGAGGCUGCUAGAAGAGAAAAACUGGAUUGCAGAACAGCUGAACAUAACCAAGGCAAACUUCUCCAUUCUGAAGGCCGAGUAUGACCAGAUGUGGUCUUCUUGCAAUUUAACCGUGCUGGAGCUGGAAAUCAACCGCCUGAAUGGGGUCUUGAAGAGAGCUGCACAAAGUAGAGAUCAGUAUGAGAGGCAAGUCAGGCAGCUGACGAACCAAGUGAAGACUCUCCAGAAUAACUACCGGCCUAUGGAGCAGGAGAACAGGAAACAGCGUUCGAUCCUGUCCUCCAAGCGGCUCGACUACAUCUGGAAUCUUUGUGACCGGACCACGUUGCGGUGCUCCCGCUGCCUUCGGGGUUGGAAGGAGCACGCUUCCCGGUGCUUCUUACUGACCAAAGUGGAUAAGAACUGGGAAAAUGCUCGCAUCGAUUGCCUCAAGUACAAGGGGGACCUAGCUGUCGUCCACAACGCCGAAGAUCAGGCGUUCCUGACGAACCUGACGUUCCAGUUUAAAAAGGCUAAUCCCGACAUAACCUUUCACUCAGCGUGGAUCGGGCUGCAGGACUUGGUCAAGGAAGGAGUCCACUUCUGGGUCAAUGGAGAGAGAAUCAAAUGGGAUGUCAUAUACUGGAAAACUGGUGAGCCCAACAAUGCCAUCGCUACCUGGGACACUGAUCAGGCCGGUCAGGACUGCGUGUCCAUAGUACCGCCAGAUGCGGUGGGCCCUGAAGGUUGGAUGAACAGCUGGGAUGACAUUACUUGUGUUGGGAAACGUCACUACAUCUGUGAGACUGAUGCUCUGAUUUUGGCGUAGGAUGGACGAAGUCCUGUUCUAAACCAGAGACAUGGAAGAACAUAGAUCAGAAAGACUGAAAUGUUGUGAGGGCAAUAUCAUGCUGUGUGGCUGCGUUUGGUAUUAAGAACAUGUCAAUCCUGGAAUAAAACCUUUUAGAAUUUGAAAAAAA